GGGCCUAGCACCAUGGACGUCGCAGGUGUUGCCCUGGGCGCCAUAUCCCUGGCGAUAGAGGUCACCAAGGGCAUCAUUAACUUCACUGAAGCUGUUAAAAGCAAGGAGAACGACCUCAAAGGCUUACGACAGAAAGCAACUACGCUAUCCAGCACCUUGGUCCUCGUGGGUCAGACGCUCCAGCGGGUCCAGGCUACGGCGACAAAUGCGCAGGCGCCAACGACAGUAUCGCUGCUCCACGCAACCGCAAAGAGCAUCGAGUCGUGCAAGUCUGACUUGCUGGAUCUGAACCAAUUCCUCUUCGAUUACACUGAAUGCUCUAGCACAGACGCAGACUUCAAGGAGAAAUGUCUGAGUGCGUGGAAAAAGCUCAAGUACGGCUUCAAGCACGGUGAGGUCGGCGAGAUGGAGCGCAAGCUUGCCAGCGUCAACUCAGUCCUGGAGGUAGGGCUACAAAGUCUGGGCCUAAAUGUAAUAAUCGACCAGUCGACCAGCAUCGCAAAUGCUCAGCACGAAGCCAGCCAGGCCAUCUUAGCCAAGGCCGAAUCUCAUGCGCAAAGUCUGUCACAAGUGCAGUCAGACGCGACAGAGAUUCUCCAAACCCUCGACACCGCACAAACCGCAGUCGAUGUCCUCGGCCCGCUGCUCGCCGAGGUCCUGCAGUCGAGCAUCCCUGCGCUCCAGACCCACAUUGAAACGGCAAGCAGAGAUACCGCAAGCAACCUCGAUGCCAUGUCCUCGCGGCUCGAGAGUCUCUCGCUGUCACAUCACGCGACAAUCCUGACAAAGGUUGAUACCAUGAUGCAGACACAGGCAGACUUGCUAGAAGCGAUCUCGGCACAGCCAGGCUAUGCAUCGUCGUCCAGCCAGAGUGCUCGCCUCGCCAUGCAACAGCUUUGUCAGCAGCCUGAUCUGCUCGCCACCUCGAUGUCAAGCAGGGACUCGAUUGAAGCCACACGCGAGCUCACCGAUAUGGAAACAACGGAGCUGUAUUCCAGAUCGGGCACUCGUGCCGUAUGCAAUUGCCGGGCGUAUCGCGUGUCUCACUCACGGCAAGCCCAGCGCGGCAUAUCGCGCGUCUUCAUGUCAACUGGCCGCGAGAUCAUUCAGCACUCCCGCGAAUGCAGUCUGUCGACGUACAACAGGACAAUGGAAACAGCAGAAAGAGCUGUGGCUUUCCGAGUCAGAUUCCUCAACACCUUGAUUGAUGCGGCUUUCAAAUUCACCUAUGGCUGGCGGGGAGGAGCCGGGGGUCUUAAUAUCAGCAGCAAACUGGUUAUGUCUCAUUCGCCGUUGGCGCUCAAUGGCGUUUUGUGGGUAGACUUCCACGACUCUCCGGAAGGGAAUGCUGCACUCGACUUGCUGUUGCCACGCUACGUGCAGUCAGACACUGCCAAUGCCAAAUUGGACUACAGGAUUAUGCUAGAGUUGCGCCCCGACCCGCUUAGUGAGGCUAUUGUACUUGACGAUGCUGUCUCGGUCACAGAGAUGGUCCGUUGUCAACCCUAUCUACUCGGCGAUCAAGCAGCACUCGGUCAUGGGACCCAUGUGGAGCUCGCACUCUUCACAGGCCAGUGUUUCGAGGCGCUUGUGUCAGGCCUGAUCCUGGGAGAACAAGAUGGAAACGACCUUGCCUCGGCUAAACUCAGGGGCGUCGCUGAGUAUCAAAACAGCUCUGGGGAGACACUGGCAGAGUUGGUGCUCACUAUUUGCUCAGAACAGAUGCACGGGCGUGUGCAUGAGCUUUGUUGGUGUUAUUCGCACAUGGUUCAAUUGUUCAAAAUCAGAUGCAGGAUACGGUCAAGUCGCUCCUUCUUCCGUCGGAUCCUGCGUCUUGUGUGUCCACCCUCCAGCGAGUGUCUUGCCCUGUAUCUUUCCGAACUGGCACACCGCCGGGACCACCUGCGCGACCUGGCACGGAGGCAUCUGUCCAGACAAGAGGUUACCGAGUUUGCGCUCAACCAGGACGCUCCACUGGAUCGCCACACCUUGCAAGUCGUCCAGCAUCUCCGCAAUCUCGGCAUCAAGAUUUCGAGCUUCCUGACCACUGCCGAUGACGACUCCGAUCUUAGACCAAUCUGGCACUUACUAUUCGAAGUAGUUGCGGAAGCCAGCAGAAAAGGAUCCCUCCAUCGGACACACAUGUACAGCGCGAUCGCUUCCGGGUUGCGCCGUGCUGGCUUUCACGAUUCAGAGGCGCCCUUCUCGGACGGAUCGAAUUUCCUGUAUCAACUUGUCCACGUAGUCGGCCAGAGCGAGGAGAACUGGCGGUAUCCACCUUGGGACCUCCUCAAAUAUGCUGUAUCAGGCGGAGCCGACUGGACAACCACAAUACAGAGCACGUGGAACUUGUACUGUGCGUCAUCCAAGUCGUGCAAGAUUUGCAGAGCUACUAAAUCCAAACAAGGAGUCACAAUCGCUCAUGUGCUGGCCGUUGGCCUGAGGUAUGUCCAUGCUAAGCUCGGCUACACCGUCAAAGAACCAAAGUCUAGACGCUCUCUACUUGCGAAUAUUUCCCACUUGACCCAUAUGGAUUCAAGUCUCUGUCUCUGCUCUGGAACCGGUCGCACUCCCUUCAUGUACUGGCUCACAGAAUCUCUUGCAGUCCUGGACAAUGGCACACCUUGGAGAAGUCCGCAAUGGCUCGCCGAUCGUCUUCUAGAGAUGAUUGCCGAGUUUGGAACCUCAUGGAAUACGCAGCACUAUCUAGCAGCGUUCCGUCUUCUGACCUUCGAGGCACUCUCUCUAGAGCACACGUGCGGCCUGACGCCUGAUGACGAGCCACCGCUCCACGAUCCCGACAAUGCGCAUGAUGAACUCGUUGAAUCAUUAUUCCAUGAGAUAGUUGCGGAGUGUUACAGUAUGAUUGGAGGUAGAACUGGUUACGUCUUGGCCCAGGAAAAGCCUGUUGAGCAGGAUUUACCAGAGGAACGUGAGCCUGGUGAUCAGGACCAGGAGACGGGUAAUACACCUAAUUCUGACAUUCUGGCUGGCUCUACUUUCGCAUCCAGCGAUGGAUUCUCUGAUUCGGCUCGACCUCUGUGGCAGCAUUGGCUAGGAGUUUGGGUGACUCGCCUGAAUCGUGUGCUUGAUUCUCUGCAUGAUCAGAGCAUUAGAGACAACCACAAACAGGCUGCAGAGAGUAUUGGUGUCGUGUGGUGUGAGCCACCACCACCAUCACCACCGUCAGGAGACGAGUCAGUUGAGGAACAAGCAGAUCGUUCAAAUCUGGAAUAUUGGCUUGCGAAGCUGGACGAAAUAUGA